AUGAUGAUGAUUACGUACCAGAGACCGAAAGCGCCGGUGGCGAAGAGCGCAGUCCAAGUUCCCCAUUCAUCGUUGGCAGAAAUGAGAGGCGUAUAUAGUUGCGAUCUCACAGUCACCGAUCGGAUCGGAGAGGAUGAAUCCGGUAACGAACCGGGAGAGAGAAACCUGUUGCUUCCGUUACGAGAUUGCGACGAUGAAGAAGAAGAAGCCGGAGAGACGCUAAGCCGUGGCGAGGAGACUGCUUUAGCAGAGUACUCAGGAAGAUCCUGGCGUGAAACAAUGUACGAUCGCGGCGAAUUGAUCCCGACGACGGAAACGAGAUCCCUGUCGCAUUGA